AUGGCGUUCUGGAUUUUGAAUGAAAGUCUCUCCAUCCUAUUAGGACUCUCGUGGCUGGGAGUGAAUUUAUAUCUGUUUAUCGACACAUUCUCUUGGUAUGAAGAGGAAGAGUCUUUCCUUUACACACGAGUUAUUCUGGGCUCAACACUGGCCUGGGCGCGAGCGUCUGCAGUGUGCCUCAAUUUUAACUGCAUGCUAAUUCUCUUACCGAUCAGUCGAAACCUUAUUUCAUUCAUGAGAGGGACAAGUACUUGCUGCAGAGGACCAUGGAGGAGGCAAUUAGACAAAAACCUCAGAUUCCACAAACUGGUCGCCUAUGGGAUAGCCAUUAAUGCAACCAUCCACAUCGUGGCACAUUUGUGCAACCUGGAGCACUAUCGCUGGAGCCAGUCCACGGAAGCCGAGGGACUUCUGGCUGCACUUGCCAAGCUUGGCAAAACCCCAAAUGAGAGCUACCUCAACCCCAUCCGGACCUUCCACACAAACACCAUCACCGUGUUGCUGACGACAAUUGCUGGUGUCACUGGGCUGAUCAUCUCUCUGGCUUUCAUCUUGAUCAUGACCUCUUCCACCGAGUUCAUCAGACAGGUCUCCUAUGAGUUGUUCUGGUACACACACCAUGUGUUCAUCGUCUUCUUUAUCAGUCUGGCUAUCCAUGGGGCAGGUCGGAUUGUUCGAGGCCAAACUCCCGAGAGUCAACUGCUCCACAAUGUCACCUUCUGCAAAGACCACUACGCUCAGUGGCAGACUGCUGCCCAGUGCCCCACGCCUCAAUUUUCUGGCAAGGAGCCUUCGGCUUGGAAAUGGGUUUUAGGCCCUGUGGUCUUAUAUACGUGUGAAAGAAUAAUUAGGUUCUGGCGGUUUCGACAAGAAGUUGUCAUUACCAAGGUGGUGAGCCACCCAUCUGGAGUUCUAGAACUUCACAUGAAAAAGCGAAACUUUAAAAUGGCGCCGGGGCAAUACGUCUUGAUACAGUGCCCGUCCAUAUCGUGGCUGGAAUGGCACCCCUUCACCCUCACGUCGGCCCCUCAGGAGAACUUCUUCAGUGUGCACAUCCGGGUAGCAGGAGACUGGACGGAAGCUCUGUGUAAGGCCUUUGGGGCCGGGGGACAGGCCCGGAAGGAGUCCUGGAGCUUGCCAAGGCUGGCGGUGGACGGGCCGUUUGGAACCGCACUGACGGACGUGUUUCACUACCCAGUGAGCGUGUGCGUUGCUGCAGGAAUAGGGGUCACUCCCUUCGCCUCUCUCCUGAAAUCCAUAUGGUACAAAUGUGAGUCGCACACCCAGCUGAAGCUGAGCAAGGUGUAUUUCUACUGGAUUUGCCGGGAUCCAAGGGCUUUUGAAUGGUUUGCUGAUCUCUUACUCUCGCUGGAAACACUCAUGAGUGAGCGAGGGAAAGCUCACUUUCUGAGUUAUCAUAUAUUUCUUACCAACUGGGACGAAAAUCAGGGGCAGCAACUUGAUCUGUGCUCCGCGGAGCUGAGCACAGGAGCCAGCAUCAGCGAGAGAAGGGACGAGGAGAAGGUUGUGGAAGCUGGGACCGAAUCCCUAGCUCUUUCCAAAGAAAACGGGGCUGGUGGGAACAGCAAGUCAGUUCUCAGCAGUGAGCAAGCACCGUUAGGGACCUUCGUAGCUCCUGAUGAACCACCAAUGUGCAUUCGUGACCAGAAAUCCCCAUACUUGAAACCACAAAAUGCCGAGGAGGGUAAGCACGGCAAGCGCAAGACUGUCAUGUGUGGGGACAGUGACGCACAGAGUAAUUCAAACAACCCAGGGCUGGAGUGCCGAUCCAGGAAGACUGUCAUCGCCGUUGGGAUAACAGUCCACAUCGCCUCUUCUGUUCAGCUCUGCGGAGCCAACCCAGACACCCGUAAUGACGACGGUCACGGUAAAACAUGUGAUGUAGCCAUUAGCCUCUUUGUUUUACGCAUGCAGAGACUGGAAUCCAGGGUCUUACCCAAGACCGUGCAGUCCAUCAUAGUUUCUGGCCAGCCUUGCCUCCGCAUAACACACUCUUUCCUUGUUUUACCCUACUGCAGCAGCAACAUUGGCGUGUUCUUCUGUGGACCCAAGGCUCUCUCCAAGACGCUUCAAAGGAUGUGCCGCUUGUAUUCCUCAGCCGACCCCAGGGGGGUCCAUUUUUAUUACCACAAAGAAAGCUUCUAGACUUCGGAGAAAAAAUUCCGUGUAUUACAUACGUGGCUACAAUCACAUAGGUCAGCGCUCAGGAAAUGUUGCCUGUAAAG